AAGGGGGCGGGGGACUCGGCUUGUUGUGUUGCUGCCCCAGAACCCCGAGCCCGUCUGUGCUGCGGCCGCAGUUUCUUGCCGCCCGACGAUGUCGUCUCAUUUAGUAGAGCAGCCGCCACCCCUACACAACAACAACAACAAUUGCGAGGAAGGUGAACAGCCUUUGCCCCCGCCAGCCGGCCUCAACAGUUCCUGGGUGGAGCUCCCCAUGAACAGCAGCAAUGGAAAUGAUAAUGGCAAUGGGAAAAAUGGGGGACUAGAACAUGUACCUUCCUCAUCCUCAAUCCACAAUGGGGAUAUGGAGAAGAUUCUUUUGGAUGCGCAACAUGAAUCAGGACAGAGCAGUUCCAGAGGCAGUUCUCACUGUGACAGCCCUUCCCCACAAGACGAUGGGCAGAUUAUGUUUGAUGUGGAAAUGCAUACCAGCAGGGACCAUAGCUCUCAAUCAGAAGAGGAAGCUGUAGAAGGAGAGAAAGAAGUUGAGGCUUUGAAGAAAAGUGCAGACUGGGUGUCGGACUGGUCCAGUAGACCUGAGAACAUCCCACCCAAGGAGUUCCACUUUAGGCACCCUAAGCGUUCUGUUUCACUAAGCAUGAGGAAAAGUGGAGCCAUGAAGAAAGGGGGUAUUUUCUCGGCCGAAUUCCUUAAGGUGUUCAUUCCAUCUCUCUUCCUUUCCCAUGUUUUGGCUUUGGGUCUAGGCAUCUACAUUGGAAAACGACUGAGCUCACCCUCUGCCAGCACCUACUGAGGGAAAGAAAAGCCCCUGGAAAGGCGUGUGACCUGUGAAGUGGUGUAUUGUCACAGUAGUUUAUUUGAACUUGAGACCAUUGUAAGCAUGACCCAACUAUCACCCUAUUUUUACAUAUCCAAGUUUCAGUAACUCUCAAAUCCAGUAUUUUACUCAAACUCUGUUGAGACGUUUUACUAACCUAACUCCCUUUUGGCCUGUAAGACACUUUAGACUUUUCCUAACAGAGUUUACUGUUGUUUAGAAAUUUGCAAGGGCUUCUUUUCCGCAAAUGCCACCAGCAGAUUAUAAUUUUGUCAACAACGCUGUUUUCUUCUUUUAGUGCCCCCAGAUUUAGAUCUGUAUCAUUCAUGGUAUAAAUUUAACUCUUGCUAAAUAUCUACCAUUUUUCUCUUAAAUGAGAUCAGGUUAGCAAAUAACAGAAAAGCUUUUUUUUGUUAUGAAGAAAAAAGACAUGCUUUUCUAAGCUUGAAUUUAUAGUGAUCACAAAGGAAAACAAAAGGGGGGGAAUGACACAAGAAAACAUAUAUCAUGGGCAAUAAAAAAAAGUAAUUUUCAACCAGCUUUGGAACUUCUUUCUGUCUCGCCUCCUGUUGGCGCCUUUCAGCCUAUAAGAGGCAGGCUAUGUACAUGAUAGGUAUAACAUAGAGUAAGGACUUAAAAUCAGGGCCGGAACCAUAGUACAGCAGGUAGGGCAUUUACCUUUCACAUAGCCGACCUGAGUUCCAUCUCUGGCACUCCACUUGGUCCUCGGAGCUCUCCAGGAGUGAUCCGUGAGCACAGAGCCAGGAGUAAACUCUCUGAGCACCACCAAGUAUGGCCCAAACAAAAGUAAAAAAAAACAAAACUAAAAACCAUCAGCAUAUUUUAAUAAUAGUAUGUUGUAAUGCUGUCUUCUCUAUGGUGUGGAAUCUUUAUUUCUGAUAAGGAAUGUCUCAGGCCUGGAAAUACAUGUAAUUGCUUUUGGGAAUUUUGUAUGUGUACGUUUGGUAUUUUUAUGUUUAUUAGCUGCAUGUGAAUUUUUCUUCUAAGUUUUUUUCUUUUUUUUUUUCUAAGAAGAGGCUUUGGAAUGAUUCAGUAAUCAACAUAUGCUUCUGGUUUUAGGAAGCAUCACUGUACUUUAAAGCCUUUAAACCCUGGAGAUAAUUUUUUCGUAGUUAUUCCAUGCACAUGGGCAACUUUAAAAAACAUGCUUGGGGUUAUGGGAAGAGUAGACAAAAUUCUGAAGAGAUGCCAUUUGUUUUCUUCUGACCGCUCACUUUCGGAUGUUUAUUGUUUUACUGAGGGUGGUCCUGUGAUUUUGCAGGCACUUGUCACUGUUUUCUCAUGUAGCCAUUUUCAGUUAUGUAAAACUUUCAACGUUCCAGGAUUCAAUUUUCUUUAAUAAUAAACCUUUUUUGUUUCUGAAACGUGAAGCUUUAGGACCAAAUCAUUAGAAUGCAUCAGGAUUAUCGUUUGUUCCAAGUAAUGAUUUUAUUGGGUUUCAGAAAACAUAGCAUGUUGUUGAAGGAUACUGUUGUAUGUUUUAAUAUAUAUAAUUACUGUUUAUGAUAUAAACAUUACUAUAGAAUAUUUAGAAAAACCCUUGUUAAUUUUAAAACUACCACUAUUCAUUAAAUAGUGCAUCAGGUUUACUUGAUUGAAAACACUAUGACAACCAGUUUUGCCAUAUUGUAGAAACUAACUCCUUUCUUUUAUCAGGUUUUAUAAAAUCAAGUGUUAUAGUAAAUAAUAACACAGAUUAAACAAAAACAUUAAUUUCCGAUUUCUUUCAAAAUUUUAACUGGCUAUCUUGAAAAAAGAUGUUAUAUUCAAAACUGUUCUCAGUUAUUGUACCUUGGUUUUUUUGUUCUAACAUCGGUAUAAAUACUUUUGAGCAUCCUAUUUCUUGUUUCUGUUUUCUUAAACAAAUCAAGUAAACACUUGAUUUUCCUUUUGUAUUUAUUUCAAGUGUUCUUUGAAUUUCUCUGGGAAGAAAAAUCUGAUGACCCACUUAUUUCAAAAGACAUAAAUAAAAUUGGAAAGACUGGUAAAGUUUAAGGGCACUAAAGAAUUAAACUGCUCCAGUGUAUAGUUUGUACUGCAAUUGGUAUUUUGGCAGUGAAAGUAAAAUUAGUCUUAAAUUAAGAGAAACUUUUCACGGGGACACAUUGGCCUCUUGAUUCAGUAGUAAUUCUCACUUUAGUGUAACUGAGCUUGGGUAUGUUAUUUUUUUUCACAAUAUUGAAAAUUUAGUUUUGCCUUUUUUCUUAAAAUAGCUGUGAAAUUUUGGACCAUUACUUUAAAACAUGAAUACAUGAUCACAAUAGAACUUACAGGAUGAAAUCACACAGUAUUUAUUAUUGAUAGCCCUAACAUAUAAAAUAAAUGUUAAUGUUCCUAUUCAGAUUGGUGUUGAAUGGCAACAAAUUUUGUGAUUGGGAUGGAGAAAAAAAAAAUUAACAGUUGACAUUUUAUGAUUUAUGUUUAAAAAGCUUUAUACCUGUUUACAAUUUGGGGAUGAAAAGGCAGGCUUAAUUUUUCUUACGCUUAAUGAAAACUGGCUUAAAAUAUUUGCAAGUAGGACCAAUACCAAAACUGCAUAAGCUUGCACAUUGAAAAGUGCAGCAAAUUAUUUUGCAGUUAAAAAAAUGUACUAGUCUAAAAAAUUAAAAUUGAAGACUCAGCCAGUUGGAUGAACUUUUUAGGUGAAUCAGUUGUUGAAAUUAACUGAGCCAAAGUGAUUAUGCAUUCUUCAUUUAUUUAGUUAGCACUUUGUAUCAUUAUAUACAGUUUACAAUACAUGUAUAACUUGUAGCUAUAAACAUUUUGUGCCAUUAAAGCUCUCACAAAACUU